UGUUCGACAGAGGCUUGAAUUUUUGAAGAUUACCUUUUAAUCUGUUUGCUCAAUACAUAACCAAAGUUAUAAAUUUGAAGUUGGAUUGACUUCUAAGUAUACAUCAACCUCAUUUGAAUGUUCAUUAGAUUUAGAAAUCAGCUUUUAUCUGAUAGAUAAAACGUUGUGUAUUCGUACACAAAACAAACCUGUAAUAGUGAUUUAUGUUUAAACGCAUAAUUUUACUAAUAUAAAGAGAUAUCAGUGUUAUCAGAUUACUUAAAAUGGCUGUUAACAUUGGAGGUCUCAUUUCGGUCAUUUUCUUUUAUUUAGCCAUUCUGAUAUCCGGACUUUGGGCGGCGUGGUAUGGCAGGAAGAGCAAAAAGGAAGCUGUCAGAAAAGAUGAAGAAGGAGAUGACGCGCCCGAAAAUGAAGUUUCGAAGAAACCCAGGUCGAACUCUAUCUUGGUUCUGGGAAUACAGGGCAAAAUUAAGUCUACGAGACAGGAAGUUGAAGCUAUGUUGGCGGGACGGAAUAUCGGAUGGGUUGUUGGCUCGUUCACUAUGACAGCAACGUGGGUCGGAGGUGGCUUCAUCAAUGGCACUGCAGAGGCAAUAUAUGACCCCUCUUAUGGGAUGGUGUGGAACCAGGCACCAUGGGGAUACUCACUCAGUCUUUUCAUCGGUGGUCUAUGCUUUGCGAAGAUAAUGAGGAGCAGAAAUUACAUCACGAUGCUGGAUCCCUUCCAGGAGAAGUUUGGCACUAAGAUGGGGGGACUUCUCUACCUCCCCGCCCUGGUGGGAGAGACGUUCUGGUCUGCCGCAAUUUUGGCGGCACUGGGUUCAACAAUCACAGUCAUUCUUGACAUCCCCAACAACUACAGUGUGGUGAUCAGUGCCUGUAUUGUAGUACUAUACACCCUGUUCGGGGGACUAUACUCGGUGGCAUACACUGACGUCAUCCAACUCCUCUGCAUGUUCGUCGGUCUCUGGAUCUGUGUGCCCUUUGCCCUGGGAAACGAGCACGUGAAGCCGAUCAUGGAAACUUGGCCAGAGUGGAAAGGAGAGUUCGAGUGGAAACAGGCCGGACACUGGCUAGAUAUAGCACUCCUUCUCAUGUUCGGAGGGAUCCCGUGGCAGGUGUACUUCCAGAGAGUUCUCUCCUCCAGGUCAGUCGGCAGGGCAAUUGGACUGUCUUUCAGCGGAGGAAUCGGGUGUUUUGUUAUGGCCAUUCCCGCCGUCCUCUUAGGAGCCGCUGCAAGAUCUUUGGAUGACUGGACGCUGGUGGGCUACGAGGCCAAGCAGCCCUCUGAAAUCGGAGAGAGCAAGCUGAUUCUGCCCCUCGUGCUGCAGUACCUCACUCCCCCCAUGGUCAGCUGGGUGGGGUUGGGUGCAGUGUCUGCUGCUGUAAUGUCGUCUGCCGAUAGCUCAGUGUUGUCAGCAAGUUCCAUGUUUACCAGGAAUGUCUACAAGCAAGUCUUCAGACCCAAUGCCGCAGAACAGGAACUGGGUCUGAUUCUUAAGACUUCAAUUCUGUGUGUGGGCACCCUGGCCACCCUAAUUGCGCUCUCAGUGGACUCAGUAUUCGAACUGUGGGUACUGUGCUCGGACAUCGUGUAUGUGGUACUGUUUCCCAACUUUGUGUGCUGUCUUUACAUUGAGGCAUCAAACACGUAUGGAUCUGCAGCUGGUUUUGUGAUUGGACUAAUUUUCCGACUUCUCGGAGGCGUGAAGGCUUUUUCGAUUCCUCCCAUCAUAAAAUACCCUUUCUACGACCAGGAAAAAGAAAUGCAGAUGUUCCCGUUCCGCACACUUUCCAUGGCUCUCUGCUUCUUAACCAUUUUGCUAGUGUCAUAUUUCACUAAUUUCCUGUUUCAACGCAAGAAAGUGAACACCAAAUACGAUAUCUUCAAUGUUUUCUCACCCGCGAAACAUUACCCAGAAGAUUCGACGAGCGAUCAACAAACGCGAAAACUAGAUCUUAUUUACGAGGAGAGCAUUUGAAGAGAAGAAUGCAAUUUUUAAUCAGUUUUUUUUAUUUAUACUUUGUACCAACCAACAGAAUUAGCCUCUCUAUUUGUAAAAUGUUCAAUUAUACAUAACCCAAUUUAGAUCAUUUAUGUUCCACAAAGCACUUAUAAUACAUUUUUUCUUUCAUA